AUGGAAAACAAUUGCCCUCGAAACCACUCAGCCUCCAACUCAAAGGCUGAUCUCUUUUCUGUAUGCGACCAGUUCAAUCAAGUGAGGCCGGAGGAGGUGGACGUUCUGAAGGACGAAGCCCGAGUCGAUGAGCUGAUCUCCAAGACAGACCUUGUCGUCAGUAUGGUACCCUGGGUUUUCCAUCCCGUGGUGAUGCGCUACUGCAUUAAGCACAAGAAGAAUAUCCUCACUGCCAGCUACUACACUCCUGGAUUGGUGGAAAUGGAAAAAGAGUAA